AUGGAACGACCACCAAGAGCCAGUAGCAAAUUUCGCUUUCCUGGGUCCCAACGAGCCUUUUCAAGGAGGAAACCUGCAAACACUGAUUCUAAACCUCCAUCGCCAGCCAAUCCCUCAUCCGCCGUUGGAGAAUCUACUCGAGACCUAACAUCGUCGCCCAUCGAUGCUUCGCAAGCUAGUUUCAACGACCCGCCGUUUAUAGAACUACCAUUUUCAGAUCAGGCAGUUGUCAAUAUAGAUGGAGGAAACAACGUGGCGGUGUAUACCGAUAUGCUGCGAGCUGUACUGGGUGCUGGAUUUGGCAACUAUAAUAACCACACCAACGCUAAUACAGAAUCGCAAUCUCAGUCACCUCAACCGGAAAGUCCAACUAGGAGCCUUCCACGCAUGCCACGUACCAGCUCGCUUAAAAGACGCAUGACAGCGUCGUCGCCAGAGCCCGAGCACUCAACCUUAAGGCGGUCACGGUCGCUUAAGGCUAAAGACCUGGACUCUGACGACGCUGAUGAUGAUGGUCAUGAUGAUUCCAGAGUCAGUCAGACAUUCAGGGAUGUUGCUCGUCCAAAGAGGACUGUCUCCCGGCGUGGCCGGUUGGCAAGGAAGAUGUCGCUAAGUAAGGACUACAAAGCAAGAGCAUUUGAAAAGGUUGUGGAUACUAUACAAAAGGAAACUGUAAACAGAUACAUGGGAGGAGACAAGGUCGGCGUAGAGGUCGUAUGGAGAGACUUGGUAUAUACUGUAAAGGAGAAAGGUCGGUAUAAGACCAUUAUGAAGGGUGUAAAUGGUGCAGCCCGACCUGGCAAGAUUCUGGCGGUAAUGGGAGGAUCAGGAGCUGGAAAGUCAAGUCUUUUGGACGUCCUGAGUGGAAGAACUCAGUCCGGAAAAGUUACAGGUGACAUACGAUUCAACGGUCAUCCAUCUGAUACACUUUGGCGUCAGGAAAUCGGAUAUGUACAGCAGACGGAUCUGUUUCUUGAUACUCUGACAUGCAGAGAAAUAUUGGUCUUUGCGGCGAAGAUGAUGCUCCCAGAUACCCUAACUACAGCUCAAAAGCUAGACCGUGUUGCACAAGUUGUAUCACAAAUGCGGCUAAGUGGCUGCUUGGAUACUCGAGUCGGCGACUCAAUGAAGCGAGGAAUCUCUGGCGGAGAGAAGAAACGACUCCACAUCGCCGUGAAAUUGAUACCCAACCCUCGCAUCCUGCUGUUGGAUGAGCCAACGUCUGGGCUGGAUGCAUACAACGCCUUCAACGUUAUUGAAGCCAUCCAAGAUACAGCCAAACAAAACAAUUUAACGGUUAUCAUGACCGUGCAUCAACCCCGAAAAGAAAUUUGUGAUAUAUUUGAUCGAUUGUACUUACUCUCUCGUGGUCGAGUUGCGUUCUUUGGAAGCUUUGAUGUUGCUGUUUCAUAUUUCGAGUAUAUUGGAUUUGCAGUCCCUGAACAUACUAACCCUGUAGAUCACUACCUGGAUGUUUCCACUGUGGACACGUCGACUCCGCAGAGCUCUGUCUCAUCCAAGGCGCGGAUCGAACGUAUCACCACCGCUUGGAAGACUGAAUUCGAGGUUUACAUGUGUCCGUCGCUAGCAAGCCCUGUGGCAAAUAGCAAACCUGUAUCACGAUGGAGCAAUUUAGUUGUAUCUGUAAGUGGAAAGAAUGAUUUGGAUGACCAACGAGACGAUUCUGAGGCCGAGUCAAUCCAUUACGGAUUCAUUGGAUGGUGGUAUCGUCUUGGUCUCAUCAUACACCGAUCGCACCUGAUAUACAUUCGAGAUUGGGAACUGAUUGGUAUGGGACUUAUGGCCAAUACAGUGUUUAUCGGAACUAUGGGCUUCCUGUUCCCAUUUCUUGGUCUGGACCAAGUUCAUGCUACUAUGCGUCUGUCUCUCUUCUUUUACUUGGAGGUCGAACGAUUCAUGAUUGCCCUGUUUGGUGUCGUGCUUCGUCUCCCGUCAAGACUUGAUUUGCAUUAUCGAGAACGUACUGACGGACUGUAUACUGGUCCGUUAUGUUAUUGGGGACUGUAUAUCCAACAGCUCAGUUAUUGUUAUACGUGGAUUCCUUCGACAAUAGCCGUCUUUUACCUAACUGGACUACAAAGAGGGACGACUGGGCUAGUGACGAUAGCCUUGAUGUUGCUUUUCAAUUUGAUUGGUCAUUCGUUUGGAAUGGCUUUAGGAUCCAUAAGUAAAAGCACAUCAUUCAUCCUAAACGCUUCAGUCACGUACACAGCCAUUGCGCUCGCUUUUUGUGGGUAUUUGGCUACACCAGACAUCAUACCCAAACCUCUUCUAUUCAUGGUGUAUCUGAACCCAAUGUUCUACUUUUACGUGGCUGGCACCCAAAACGAGCUCUCUGGACUGCAAUUCACCUGUACUCCCAGCGACAUUAGGUGUAUACCGUCAGGAGAUAUCCUACUCGACGCUCGGUCUCUAAGAUUUGUGGCCAAGGAUGUGGCUGCUCUUGCCUUAUUUGCCAUCUUCAUUCUGGUUUCAAUUGUUGGUAUGGUCUUGUUUGAAAGGAUCACGAGGCCUCCAUGGAAACGGUCUGGCCGAUAA